UCCAUCGCUUCCUUCGAAAAUAUUUUUGAUUCUAGAGUCGUUUACGUGUUCGGUGAUCCUGUGCUGUAUCCCAUAACAACAAUUACACCGACUUACUUGAAUGCCUUUACCGUGAGAACCUUGCAAGAGGUGGGAAUUUUUGUAAUAGCUGACCACCUCGCAACUGAGGUAUUGCAUGGUAGGAAAAUAAAUGGCACUCGAGAUCCAGAUUUGGAAGAUCUAACGAAGAAAGUGCAGCAGAUGCCUGUUGUGAUGAUCCCCAUUCAUUUUGAUCGCCUCCCCAACGAAGUCAAUUCUUAUAAACGUUCCUUUGUCUUACGACCAUUUAUCACUUCCGAUUUUAUGACGGGACUUGCAGCUUUACCAGGAAGAGAUAUCCCUGAGAAGGUAUGGCAAGUAAGUAACUGCGCAAAAUCCCCGCUAACAUCCAUUUUGCAGAGUGUUUAUGAAAUGGUUCACCGAAUCGUAACCCAUGUGAAGAGCACAUCGAGGGUUAUGAUUGACCUAACCAGUAAGCCUCCCGGAACCACGGAGUGGGAAUGA